AGCGCUCCAAUUCAUGCGGUCUAGCGGUGCAGAGGCUGUCACUGUUGGUAGAAUCCGCAGUUUGAUUUCCUGGAGGUUUUGUUUUUGCCUUUUUAAUUGUAGAAUUUAAAGCUGGAUAUGAGCCGUGACAGUAAAUAUCAGGAUUAGAAAGAUCGUACAGUUCGCAUAUUAUUGUUGAAAGAUGUCCAAUAUUUUGCAUGCAGCCGCUAAAGUGAAAUGGAACCAGUCAACUGCAGCAAAACGAGCAGCGUUUCUUGUAGCUGCUGCCUAUGGAGUGAAAACACUGUACCCCAUAAUUUGCAAGCAGAUCAACAAAAGAUCAGAGACAGUGAAGUCAACAGCCUGCAAAUCAAAGAAACAAAACGGAUUAUUAUUACAAGGACCAGAAAUAGCACCAACAAGAUCUCCGGGUGUAAAUGCAGAGUUUUUUAACCAGAUUCUUCAACUUGUAAAAAUCCUCUUCCCAAAGCUCGUCACGAAAGAGCUGGGGUUGCUUUGCUUACAUUCUUUGGCUUUAAUCUCCAGAACAUUUUUGUCUAUUUAUGUGGCCGGUUUGGACGGUAAAAUCGUGAAGACUAUAGUUGAAAAGAAACCGAGGAGCUUCGUCAUCAAACUAAUGAAAUGGCUUCUUAUAGCCAUACCGGCCACAUUUGUCAAUAGCGUAAUACGUUAUUUGGAGUGUAAGCUUGCUUUGGCCUUUCGCACUCGCCUUGUGGAUCAUGCGUAUAAAACAUAUUUCACAAAUCAGACAUACUAUAAAGUCACCAAUAUGGACGGGAGACUGGCGAAUCCAGACCAGUCCCUUACUGAGGACAUCAUGAUGUUUUCACAAUCGGUUGCACAUUUGUAUUCCAACCUUACCAAACCAAUUUUAGAUGUGAUACUAACCUCUUACACCCUCAUUCAAACUGCUAGAUCAAGGGGGGCCAACGCAUCAGGACCAACCUUGUUAGCUGGACUAGUGGUGUAUGCUACGGCGAAGGUUCUCAGAGCAUGCUCCCCGAAAUUUGGGAAACUGGUGGCAGAGGAGGCACACAGGAAAGGCUACUUGCGUUAUGUGCAUUCCCGUAUCAUUGCCAAUGCUGAAGAGAUCGCAUUUUACAGAGGGCACAAGGUAGAGAUGAAGCAGCUGCAGAAAUGUUACAAGGCCCUUGCUGAUCAGAUGCACCUAAUUUUGUCAAAGCGCCUUUGGUACGUCAUGAUAGAGCAGUUCCUGAUGAAGUAUGUGUGGAGCAGCUGUGGCUUAGUCAUGGUGGCAGUACCCAUAAUCACAGCCACUGGUUUUGCUGAUAACGAGUUAGAAGAUGGACAAACACAGGUUUUGGUUAGUGAAAGAACUGAAGCUUUUACUACAGCUCGUAACCUUCUGGCCUCUGGAGCUGAUGCUAUUGAGAGAAUAAUGUCUUCCUACAAAGAGGUCACUGAACUUGCGGGCUACACUGCUCGAGUCCAUAAUAUGUUUUUGGUCUUCGAUGAAGUACAGAAAGGAGUUUACAAGAGAUCCACUGUUACUCAGACUGCUGCAUCAGAUAACACAAAUGCAGCUAGACCCGAAAUGCACAUCAAUGGCCCCCUUGAAAUCAAAGGACAUGUCAUUGACGUGGAUAAUGGGAUCAUAUGUGAAAAUGUCCCAAUCAUCACUCCCAAUGGUGAUGUGGUUGCUUCCAGCUUAAAUUUUAAGGUGGAGGAAGAGAUGCAUCUCCUAAUCACUGGUCCUAAUGGCUGUGGCAAGAGUUCUUUAUUCAGGAUUCUGAGUGGUCUGUGGCCUGUCUAUGGUGGGCUUCUAUACAAGCCUCCACCCCAGCACAUGUUUUAUAUUCCACAGAGACCCUACAUGUCGAUAGGAACUUUGCGGGAUCAAGUCAUAUACCCUGACUCUGUAGAAGACAUGCAUGACAAAGGCUACAGAGACCUGGACCUGGAAAUCAUUCUGGACAUUGUCACUUUGAAUCAGAUAGUUCAGAGAGAGGGUGGUUGGGAUGCAGUUACGGAUUGGAAGGAUGUUUUGUCUGGUGGAGAGAAACAGAGGAUGGGCAUGGCAAGGAUGUUUUAUCACAGACCAAAAUAUGCUUUACUAGACGAGUGUACAAGUGCUGUCAGCAUUGAUGUGGAGGGAAAGAUUUUUCAAGCUGCAAAGGAUGCUGGGAUUUCUCUGCUUUCUAUUACACAUAGGCCGUCCCUCUGGAAGUACCACACUCACCUCCUGCAGUUUGAUGGUGAAGGUGGUUGGCGUUUUGAACAGCUGGAUACAGCGACUCGACUCUCCCUCGCAGAGGAGAAACAAAGGCUUGAGUCCCAGCUCGCCGGGAUUCCCAAAAUGCAACACAGACUCAAUGAACUGUGCAAGAUCCUGGGGGAGGACUCUGUCCUCAAGACUACUGCUCUUGAGGGUGAGGAUUAAACAUUUUCCCUUUUCUAGCCGAGGGAACAAAGAAGCAAACCCGAACAAGUGAUAAAAAGGGUGUAUAUUUCACAUUAUGUUUGAUUGUAUAUUAUUUGCUUAAUCUGUCAGAGUACAGUACCACUUUUUUCAUUUAAUAGUCUUUUGCUAAACAAUUUUACCACAUUACACUAGAAUUCUUGUAAAAGGUGUGAUGUACUAUAUACAGUACGUGUUUACAAACACUAUCAAAGAAUUUAGCACUUUACCCAACUGUUUGCAAAAACAAAGUUGCAACACUAGCUAGUACUUUUAUGUGUUGGGCAGAAAGAAAUAUGAGAAACUGUUUAGCACGUUUAAAAAAAAAAAGAGAAUGUAUUUGCUAACCAUGUUUAGUAUACUGUGCUAAAUUCUAUGAUAGUUUUUUAAAUGUUAGUUUUUCCUGAACCUUAUUUUACAUCAGAGCCUAAACUGUCAAAAACAGUGUGUGAUAUAUGCAAAAACAUAAAGUGCUGGGUUUAUCAAGGUAUGUCUGCCAAAAUGCAAUUAGCAUAUUCUUUUGGUUGAAAGAAAAUCAAACUGUUAAUGUUACAAAACAAGUAACACUCAAUUCAGAAAGCCCGUUUUAGGACCCAAGAGUGUGCUUAUGAUAGUAGCUAUUAAUUUCAUAACAGCUUCAUUUUUCUUUUACAAAAAUGCAGCACAUUUUAAAAUGAAGAUCUUUAUAAAUCAUAUCCAAGGACCUUAUUCACUAAUAAUGCAUUAUUUUUGGUUUGGGACAUCCUAAUGCAUUUAUUGUUUUUGCAAUACAUUAACUUUCUUGAUAUUUAACAAAUGGUGACUUUAUCUACAUUCACCUGUCCACGCAAAGGACUUCCUAAGAUAACUGACCUAUAGCUACUUUUAUAUUGGGACAUACCUCAUGCAUUAACAAAUACAGGUAAGAAAAUGGUCAAAUCUACUGAAGGGUCAGUUAAGAGAAACAAUGAAAUAUUUAGAAGCAGGUAAUAUUGCUUGGGGAGUUGUCAUGCAACUGCUUCAACCUGUUUGGCACAAUUGAAGGAAACAAAAAGCAUGGUAUAAUAGUAAGAAAUCUAGACAAAUGGAGGACAAACAAGAGGCAGCAAUUGUUAAACUGAUAUAUAUGUCAGAUAACUAGGUUAAAGUCCUAACAUGAUUUAAGUUAUUUAAAAAUGUAAAAGCCACUGAAAUUGAAGGAUACUGUAAUCAGGGUGUCCUCGGCUCACCGCGCACCAGCGACCCCUGUAGUCUGGCCGGGCGCCUGCGGGCUUGCCUGUAAGCUGCCCAGAGCUGCCUUGUCCUCCGACGCUGUAGCUCUGAGGCGGCUGCAUGGUGAGUCUACUGAGUGUAAAGAAGCGGGCAGCUGACGGCACACGCUUCGGAGGACAGCGUGUGUUCAUCUUCACCCCUCCCGAGUCAGCGCAGGGGUGGUAGCGGUGAGCUGAGCCUAAAAAAUAAUCGGGCAUUUCAAAUUGGGGAGAAAAUAAUAAAAACUAAUUGGCAAAAAAAAAUAAAAAAAUACUGUAAUAUAUGAGGACAUAAUGCAAAAAAAGGCAAAGAUACAUUCUCUUUAAAAUAUUUAGACCUAAAUAAUUUUAACCAGGCAUACUUGAGGCCAACUUAGGUGGCAAACAACAACAGAUAGCAAAACUAGCUUGUUAAAGCAACUUCUUAAAUAGGAACUGUUAAAAAAAAAAAAAAAAAAAAAAAAAAAAAAGCUUUUAUGCAUAAAUAAUGCAUUUUUAAAUUUUUUGAAUGAGGGCAAAAAUAUUUAAUAUUUUAUUAUUGAGGGGGGCAACUUUGACCACAAUCUGCUGGAAGGAUAUUUCUUCACAGCUGUACAAUCAAGAUGUACUAGGAUCAGCAAUCAUUUAGAAUUGUGAUACAGAGAUUCUGCAUUGUGAUUCAUUACCAAGAGCACAUGGUUACUUACUGUCAACAUAAUGGUUCUUGAUUGAUGUGAGAUAUAGUUUGGCAUACAUGCAUGUCAUUGAUGAUACUUUUAUCUUGGUAAAUAUCAUACAAAUGAUCCCAUCAGGACCACAUAUCGUAACACAUCAUCCAUGUGGUCAAUUUGAUACCAAGUGAAGCUUUUGUGAGCUAAAGGAACAAUGAUAUUAAACUAGUAUAUUACUGACAAAAUAAAUUGUCCAUCUGAACUAGCCCCAAACUCUUUGCAAAAAUGCUGUUUUACUGUGAAUUUUAAGUUUGUGCAUUGUUUUAUGAAUAUUUUAUAAUAUCAUUCCGGUGGUUGGAGCUCCUAUGACUGGAAAAAGGCAUAUUUUAAUAUUUUAUUUAUUUUCUUUUUUUUAAUUAUUAGAUUGAAAUGAUAGGGUUUUCUAAAAUAUUUAUUUGAAACUAACAGCAAAAAAAUGUUUGCUUUUAUUUGGUAAAAUGUAUGGUACAAUGCAAUUUUGCAGCAGUGUGUGAAUGCAUAGAAAUGAUCAGGUUAUUUUAGGUGGGUAAUAAUUAAGUUACUAAAAUGUUUCUAUCUAUUUUUAGUCACAGCCUAAAUUCAACCCCUCUACAAAUCCCCUGUGAAUCCUGACUGCUAUUUGGGUGUAUUUGGGCUAUACUGGCUAAUAGUGAUAUGCCCAUACCAGUCAGGCUCAGCAUGGCUAUUAUUGAGUGGGAUGAAAUGUUUUUGUAAUAUGUGCUUUCAGAAUAGUAAGUGGGAGUCUUUCCCACACUUUGACUGACUGUGGGAAACUUUGGGUGUUUAGAAGAGAAAUACUGCUAAAUCUGUUCCUAAAUCCUGAGUCCUGCAAUAUCAGGGAAUCUAUAACUUUAACCGAACUGUUGCUGGGCUUGAACCAAUGUACUUUACAUUUACCAUCCUUUUGUAAAUGUAGUUAGGUAGGAGCAUGUGUAUAAUUAGUAUAUAAUGUUUGUAACUUUAAAAAAAUAUUUUUUCAUUGUUUCCUAAUCCUAUACCUCAGGCUGAUUUUCAUCAGAAUGAAGCAGAAAACAAAUCAAAUAAUGAAUGUGUAUUUAAUAUUAUGGUUUGUGAAUUGAAAGAAUAAUAGCGAAUGUGCUUAUGCAUGAUAUGGCUAUAUGAUGGAAACUUUAAAAUGUUCUCUAUAUUUUGGUGUAAGUGUCCAGUUUUUCUAGUUAAAAGAAACCAUCUGUUCAGCACACACUGUACUUGGCAGCUCAAUAGGGUUGUAGUUUUUCACUAGUGUAACUACUUAAAAUGAUGCACUGCUCUAUUAAAAAUGUUCUUUGCCUUUGCUGUCAUGGAUUCAUUCUUUUUAGAGCCUUAACACUUAUUCAGUUAUUAUAUGAAAGAGAAGACUGUAGUUUAGAAUCUAAUAACAAAAUAGUAUUCAAUUGAGAAUCUAUUAUUCUACAUACUGAUCAGGAAUUUGAACAGUGGCAAUUUUAAUGUUCACACUAUGGGCCACACUGUUCUCACAAAGCAUUUACCCCAAUGCUAACAUGUGACAUUUAUGUUACAAAGCUUCAAAUAAAUUAAUAACUUGCAAGGUUAAUUUUAAAAGAUCCUACAUGUACUUUAGAUUUAGAUAAUGUAUUACUUUAUUGUUUACAUAUGUUCUCAUCUGCACUCCCAGGCUUAAAGUAAUCUUUAGAUAUUGUUAUUUAUAUUGUUAGGUUUGGGUCUUUAAUUGAACAGUAAUUCUAGGCAUGCAGUUUUUUUUUCUGUGGCAUGUAGGUGUUUCUUUAGCCUGCUGGACUACAUAUUGUCCAUUAGUGUUUUUUUAAACUAUUCAUUCAAAGUAAACUUGUACACAAGUGUUUUAUACAUAAACCAUUGUUGUAUAUCAAUCAAUCAUCACCUUAAGCAGACACUGAGAGGCCUCUCUAUCAUAUUAGAAAGUGUAGACACUGAGCUUACCCCAGGAUAUAUAACAUGUGAGUUAAAGCCCUAUAAAAAUGUUUACAUGUUUGUCAACAAUGUAUUAUACCUGCUUAUAGGCAUGUCUUUCUUACAUCAUGUUUGCAUUAUAAACAUCUUAUAAAAUGUUAAAUACAGAGAUGGAAAAACCUAUUAUCUUUUAACUGUGUGCCAUACGGGGAAUGUUCUUAAAAGCUUUAAAGACUUACAGACAGCAUCUUAUUUGUACUGUGAACAAAUAAACCGUGUGGACUUCACAAGUUUCUCUGAACUUUAUUGAA